AUGCUUAACUUACAGGAAGUACCUCAGCCCGAGUUCAUGUCUAAACCUGAGGUACAAUGGACAGAAGAAGAGAGAAAGAGCUUCAAAGAGUUUGAAAAAACAAAAGAGCUCAGUGAGGAGAAAGAGAAAUACAGAAAGACACUAGAGACAGAAAUGAAGAAACUGCUGACAUCUAUCAAAGAGGCUACCCAGAUGUUUGAUGAAAAACUCACAAAGCUGUUUGAAAGGAAGGUGAAAUCAGAGAUGGUCAUAUACCAAGAGGAGCUCAAGAUUGCUAACCUGGUUCACUCCAUUCAAAUCGAAGAAGAGAUCCUAAGCAGAGAGAAACAGUUGAGCCUUAAACUUGAAAAGGCACAAAUUGUAAAGAAUGAAAUAGGGGAGGAAUUGAAAAAACACAAGGAGAUUGUUGAUGAGUCUAGAGAGGAGUAUGAUAACACAGUCGCUGAGGAAAAACUUCUUGACAAAGGUUUACGCAAAGAGAUUUUUGACGUCCCUGGACACAUAAUUGACCAGCUCUAUAAGCUUUACAAACGCAGACCAAGGGUUCAGAGGAUGAAAACACAGACUGAAAAUAACCCGUUCAAAGAGGGGGCGCUAUUAGGAACAGCACCAUCUGAUGGACUCUCUCUGAUGAUGAAGGUCAUGGAAGAGUUGGACACACCACAGAACAUGCCAGAAGGAUUAGAUCCAGUUGUGUGGGAGAGGUUUUGCCUGGCUAGACGGGCCAAAGUGGAAAGUGAACAAAAGGUCAAACUAAAGGCAUUGACCUUGGCAGAGAUGCAGGCUUUUCUUCAGAGGAGAACAGACGAGGACGAGAAAGCUAAACUUGAAAUAAAAAAUCUCAUUGAUGAACUUAAUAGCCUCUGUGAAGACAAGAUGAGGUUUCGACUAGACAGUAUGGUGCAGAUCGGUCUACAGCAAGGUCAGGUGGAAGUGGAGGCUGGAGACUUCAUCGCUGACUAUACAGAUGCUUUGCUAAUCAAUCGCAAAGUAACUGAGGACCUCAACAGCACCAUCAGGGCUUUAGGAGAUCAGAAGAUCGCCAGCAUUGUGGAGUGUAAAGACUUCCGCUAAGGAAUCAUACAGCAGGAGUGGGAUCACAGGAGAAUGAGAAUGCAGCUGGAGGAUCUCAGCAAUAAAGCCAGAGACAUACAGGCCCUGCGCAUCGCAAUAUUGGUUGAAAUAAUCUUCAUUCAUUUAGUGCUUUUUUUACCUGGCAGUACCUAAAUGAAACAAAGAAUGACAACAGGGUGUCAAAGCAGCUCGCAACUCUGUAGACGACCAUAGAUUUACAGAAAACGACUCAGCAAAAGAAAGUUGAGACUUUCAAGAAACAGAUAAAGCACCUGGACAGACAAGGUGUGCAAAUGCAAGAGAAGAACGCAGCCCUCAACUUGGCUGACAUGGAGAUAACUGUCACAGAGAGAAGAAAUAUUUACGAGGCUGUUGCAAUGGGAGAUAACCAAGACACAGAGGCAGAGAAGAACUACCCAGAUAUCAUCUUAAGAAAGAAGCUGUUGAAC